GAAGAAGAAGAAGGUGAAGAAGAAGAAGAAGAAGAAGAAGAAGAAGGUUAAGAAGAAGAAGGUGAAGAAGGUUAAGAAGAAGAAGGUUAAGAAGAAGAAGAAGAAGAAGAAGAAGAAGAAGAAGAAUAAAGAAAUAGACAGAAAGUGAUAGCGAAAGAAAUUGGAACAAAAAAACAGACAGAGAAAGACGGGCAGAGAAAAAGAGAGAGAGGGAGAGAGAGACUGACAGAGGGAAAGAGAGAGAGGGAGAAGAGCCAGUAAAAGGAUAGAGAGAGGGAGAGAGAGACUGACAGAGGGAAAGAGAGAGAGUGAGAGAGAGACUGACUGAGGGAAAGAGAGAGAGGGAGAAGAGCCAGUAAAAGGAUAGAGAGAGUGAGAGAGAGACUGACAGAGGGAAAGAGAGAGAGGGAGAAGAGCCAGUAAAAGGAUAGAGAGUGAGAGAGAGACUGACAGAGGGAAAGAGAGAGAGGGAGAAGAGCCAGUAAAAGGAUAGAGAGAGUGAGAGAGAGACUGACAGAGGGAAAGAGAGAGCGGGAGAAGAGCCAGUAAAAGGUAAAAGGAUAGAGAGAGUGAGAGAGAGACUGACAAGAGGGAAAGAGAGAGAGGGAGAGGAGCCAGUAAACGGAUAGAGAGAGUGAGAGAGAGACUGACAGAGGGAAAGAGAGAGAGGGAGAAGAGCCAGUAAAAGGAUAGAGAGAGUGAGAGAGAGACUGACAGAGGGAAAGAAAGCGAGGGAUGAAGUAUCCGUCUGUGUCAGUGAGUAACUCUCUGUUGGACAUGGAUGUAGCCAACUACAGUGAGGGACUGGACCCAACGUACAGCACCCUGGGCUUCGAUCAUGCUGACGUCCUCUAUGUUGGGGGAGACAGUAUGCCAGCGGAGCCGGGCCUGUCCCAGGCAGAUGUUGGGAACUCUAACUGUGCCAUAUGUGGAGACAAGGCUACAGGGAAACACUAUGGAGCUUCCAGCUGUGAUGGAUGUAAAGGCUUCUUCAGGCGCUCCAUACGCAAGAACCACAUCUACUCCUGCAGGUUUAACCGUCAGUGUGUGGUGGACAAGGACAAGAGGAACCAGUGUCGGUUCUGCAGGCUCCACAAGUGUUUCAGAGCUGGCAUGAAGAAAGAAGCGGUUCAGAAUGAGAGAGAUCGAAUCAGCUCCAGAAGAAACAUUCAGGACAAUCAGGAUCUCCCACCUAUCACUGUUCUGGCCCAGGCAGAGUCACUGUCUCAACAGAUCAGUGUAUCCAGUCCCAGCGGUGCAGUAGAUGUGUCAGAACAGAAGACAGCUGGUGUGGGUGAUGUCUGUGACUCCAUGAGACAACAGCUGCUAGUGCUGGUGGAAUGGGCCAAAUACAUCCCUGCCUUUGGUGAGCUGCCCUUGGAUGACCAGGUGAGUCUGCUCAGGGCUCAUGCAGGGGAACACCUUCUACUAGGGGUCGCCAAGAGGUCAAUGCCUUACAAGGACUUCCUGCUUCUUGGUAAUGGGUGUGUGAUCCAUGGUAGCAGUGCGGAGCCGGACAUCGGUCGUGUAGCUAACCGUGUUCUAGAUGAGCUGGUCCUACCCUUCCAGGACAUCCAGAUAGAUGACCAUGAGUAUGCUGCUCUCAAGGCCAUUGUCUUCUUUGACCCCGAUGCCAAGUCUCUGCGUGACCCGUCUAAGAUCAAGGCGAUGCGUCUGCAGGUCCAGAUGAGUCUAGAGGACUAUAUUAACGACCGCCAGUAUGACUCCAGAGGGAGGUUUGGAGAGCUGCUGCUACUGCUGCCUACUCUACAGUCCAUCACCUGGCAGAUGAUAGAACAACUGCAGUUUGUUAAACUCUGUGGCUUGGCCAAGAUAGACAACCUUCUGCAAGAGAUGCUGCUGGGAGGUCUGUCGGCAGAGCCCGCCCACCUGCACCACUCAGGCCACACCCAGUUAGCCCAGGACCCUCUGACUGGACACACACUGGUCAUCAGCACUAUGCCUGCGACACACAUUACUCAGAUAGACACUCCUAUCCCGUCUCCGCCUCAGGUUGCAGAGAAGUCCUCUCCUAGCCCCUCCCUCCUCCUGGCUCCACCCCUCCCACACAGACAUACCGCCGAAUCCCCACUCUGAGUGUACAGCACCCGCCCCCACCACCGAAUAACCAAACAAACAAAACAUACUGUUUGUCCACCAUGAAUGCAGCCAAAUCCGAAUUUGAGAUCUACACCUGUAACUUGUAAAUGAAAAAACUUGAAUUUGGAUCUCAAGUUUGCAUUCUGCCCUAUGUUUGUAAAUGUGUAAAAUGUUCAAUGUUCCCUCAACUAUUCAGUGCCAUAGGUUUUCACUCCAAUUCGGUAGUCUUUAUAGUUCGGUAGCAUCUUUAUAAAUCAUUAGAUUAUUCCUAAAGUCGGAGCCUCUCUUAUCGUGGUGUAAUUGUGAGUGUAUUUGAGCUUUCUGUAGGCUCAUCGUUGAAUAUGGAGCAGGAGAUUUGCUAAUCAGCAUGUACUUUAUAUACAGUAUGCGUUACUUAAAGUGCACUUAUUAGUAGUGGACUGUGUCUGGAACACAUGAUUGUCUGUUAAUAUUAAUGUUCACGUAUUGCCAUGUUGCUUGUGGUGUGGUGCUUUACAAAUACACAAACUGGAGUAUACUGUAUUUGUCAAUAAUAUAAUUAACCGUACAUUUAGUUCCUAAUCAACUUUUCAGUGUCUUUCAGUCUUUUGAGAUUACUGUUAUAAUAUGAAAUGAUAUGAAAAUGUUCAAAUUUUGUGUAAAUUCAAUUGUUUGUAUGUCAGAACUAUUAUAUUGACCUUCUAAACUGUCAAAUAGUGUAUACAAAUUAGACAAUGUAAGCUAUAUUUUGUAACUGUAUAUUCUGAUAAAAACAGAACACUAUUUUCAAUUAAUUGUAA